GUCGUGACUCCCCAUUCCACAAGAAUGGACUCGUCCUGACACUGCCAUGUUGGAUGGAACAGGCUGCGGGCGCUCAGGCAGCUGGACUUCCCAGGAAAGUUUUUUUUUUUUUUUGCCCUUUUCCGCUCUAAUUUUUGACCUUAUUUCGCACACGAGCAAGAUCCGGCGUCUGCUUUUUCAGCGUUUCUGACAUCACAGCCGUACGACGAUCGGGUCAAAGUGACUUCAGUCUGACUUAAGUGUGUGUUGGGGGGGGGGGGAGCGGACGGAAGAAGGCCACGGAUGACCCGGGGAUUGUUUAUGGAGCUUUCCGGACUCGGGUUACCUUCAUAGAGUCCGUAAUACGUUAUCGUUUGGUGAACAAUGAGUGGACUUCAUAAGCAGCAGCGGCAUACAAAUGUCGGUUCCAUUUUACUGACACCUCAAGAGAAUGACUACCUUUUCAACCACCUUGGCAGGAAAUGCAUCACAUUGUCCUCAGCGGUGGUCCAGGUCUUCACAGGAGACAGGAAUGCCUCCUGGACCAAGAGAUGUUGCGGCGUGGCCUGUCUGAUCAAGGACAACCCGCAGCGGUCCUACUUCAUCCGAGUCUUCGACAUCAAGGAUGGCAAGAUGCUCUUCGAACAGGAGCUGUACAACAACUUCAGCAUAAAUCCAUCUAGACCGUACUUCAUUACGUUUGCUGGAGACUCCAGCCAAGUGGGCCUGAACUUUGCCAGCGAGGAGGAGGCCAAGCGUUUCCGAGGUCACCUGGCAGAGCUCUUGGGCAAAAGGCAAAGGAAAACCGAAAAGAGACGCGAGCCUCCAAAUGGCCCCACGCUGCCGAUGGCCACCGUGGACAUCAAAAACCCGGAGAUCAGCACGGGGCACCGUUUCCACAGCAACUCACAGGUGAACAACAUCAUGCACUCCACCUUCAGGAGGGAGAAGAAGGGCAAAGGCAAAAAGAAGAGGCUCACCAAGGCAGACAUCGGCACGCCGAGCAACUUCCAGCACAUCGGCCACGUAGGAUGGGAUCCAAACACGGGCUUUGACCUGAAUAACUUGGACCCCGAUCUGAAGAACCUCUUCGACAUGUGCGGCAUCUCCGAGGCUCAGCUCAAGGACAAAGAGACCUCCAAGGUCAUCUACGACUUCAUUGAGAAGAAGGGAGGAGUGGAGGCGGUCAAAAAUGAGCUGCGCAGACAAGCUCCUCCGCCCCCGCCAUCCAGAGGUGGCCCUCCUCCCCCUCCCCCUCAUCACGGCUCAGCCCCGCCGCCCCCACCGCCCGCCCGCGGGCGCGGCGCCCCGCCACCCCCUCCGCCCUCCAGAGCCCCCGUAUCCGCGCCGCCGCCCCCGCCUCCGUCCCGGCCGGGCAUGACCGCUCCCCCGCCGCCUCCGCAGCGGGGCUCCCUGCCGCCGCCCCCGCCGCCGGCCCACACAUCGGCACCCGGGCCGCCUCCUCCCCCGCCGCCCCCCACAUCUUCCAUUCCUUCUUUCGGCGGAGGACCGCCCCCUCCGCCUCCUCCGCCCCCUCCGGGGCCCCCGCCGCUGUCCUUUGAGGCCAACGGAGUUGACGGGGUCCUGCCCUCCGCCGGGGGCAAGUCAGCCUUGCUGAGUCAGAUCCGGGAAGGCACACAGUUGAAGAAGGUAGAGCAGAAGGAGCGGCCCGUGUCCAACGCCACCGGGCGUGACGCGCUCCUGGACCAAAUCCGACAAGGAAUCCAGCUGAAACCCAGGGACGAAACAAAUGACUCACCUCCUUCCUCCCUGGCCCCCUCGGCCGGCAUUGUGGGGGCGCUGAUGGAGGUCAUGCAGAAGAGGAGCAAAGCCAUUCAUUCUUCAGAUGAGGACGACGACGAUGAAGAUGAUGAGGACUUUGAAGAUGAGGAUGAGUGGGAUGACUAAUGAUGCUUCCCCCCUCCCAACCAUACACCACCACCACCUGUAUUGCCUCCCACACUUUUGGAUGAUUACCGUGCAAAAAUUAUUCCUUUCGUUCUUAAAAAAAAAAAAAAAAAAAAAAAAUGAAACACUAAUUUCAGAUCACAGAAAAAAAAUGUACAUUUUCUAUCGGUUUGCUGUAUAUUUGUCGUUGCCUUUAUGCUUCUUUUUUUUUUUUAAUUCAUCUGUGCAAUACCUCAUUUAAUCUGUCAGACAUUCUCAUAUCUGUUGUUUUUGUUGUCUUUCUGUUUGGUUUAAUAAUUUUUUUUUAACCGUUUUCUGCUUGUUUUUGGCUCCCGUCACGCCAUCUGUCACUCGCAUUUGUCACGGCACAUUCCCUGCAUCCUGUCGCUGUCGCGCUCGCCCUCGCCUUCCCCGAAAUAACGUGCAAUUUUGACAUCAAGCUGUCGCCGAUCUUCCGGCCAGUUAUUGGAGGCGAGAGUUGCCCACAAGUCCUCCUUUUUGUCUCUUCAGUGUCGCGGGAAGAGAAAUAUUUUCAUACCCUUAAUUGUUUUUUUUUUUUUUCUUACUCGAAUGAUCUUAGUGUAGCGCUCAUAUUUUCUUAAAAAAAAAAAUAAUUGGACUAAUUAGCUUGAUCUCCUGUCCUCUGUAAAUGUGCUCCAGAUUUGAGUCUCGAUAUAUUUUUUUGGGCACAGAAAGAGAAGACUCGCCGUGUGACAACAGGACAUGUUCAGGUCUGUAUAGUCUGUAUCCUACAAAAUGAGGAACAAAGAUUGCGGCGGCGUAUUUGACUGUUAUCGCGCUGUGUACAUUUGCUACUAUAAUACGGUAUCGAUAACGGAUGCAGACUCCCCGUUGCAUAAACUUGACACAAAAUCUUAUUUUAAUUUUUGUGACACAGUCAUGCUGUGAAUAUCUCUCGCAAUCCUUGAGGCAUUUGGACAUAAAACUUUUCCCCUUAACACGUGACACUGCAUAUACAAAUUGGGGUCGCAAGUCACAUCGGAAUCUUUGUUUCUUCAUCUUUUUUAUACUUUACAAUAUUAAGCAGAGUAUUGACUGUUUGUUGGAAUUGGGUCGUUGUUAAACUUGAGGAAUAAAGAUGUUUAGUUUUA